AUUUAUUAGAUAAGUAGCGAAAUUACAGAUCUCGACUGUGGAAGAGUCAUAAAUUGCAUUACGGAGCAGAAAAAAAAAACAAAAGAGAUGGGAGAGAAGAGUUUGGACUCGGAGCUGUGGCACGCCUGUGCUGGAGGCAUGGUUCAAAUGCCGCCGGUGAACUCAAAGGUUUUCUACUUCCCACAGGGCCACGCUGAGCACACUCUUGCUACAGUUGAUUUUGGGGCUCUGCCCAAAAUCCCACCAAUGAUCCUCUGCAGGGUUGAUGCCGUGAGGUACUUGGCCGACCCCGAAACCGAUGAAGUUUAUACCAAGAUAUGUCUGAUUCCAGUCGGCAAAAACGAGCAGCACAGUUUUGAUGAUGGCAGUGCGCCGGGAAACACUGGAUCUGCACCUAAUGAGAAACCGAAUUCGUUUGCAAAAACUCUCACUCAAUCAGAUGCCAAUAAUGGCGGCGGGUUUUCAGUCCCUAGGUACUGUGCAGAGACCAUUUUUCCUCGACUGGACUACACAGCCGAUCCACCUGUGCAGAAUGUGAUAGCUAAAGAUGUCCAUGGAGAGACCUGGAAUUUCAGGCAUAUUUACAGGGGGACUCCCAGGAGGCAUUUGCUGACCACUGGGUGGAGCACGUUUGUGAACCAGAAGAAGCUUGUGGCUGGGGACUCGAUUGUUUUCCUGAGGGCCGAAAAUGGGGAGCUCUGUGUCGGGAUCCGGAGAGCUAAGAGGGGCAAUGGUGCGAAUGAGCUUUCGUCUGGGUGGAACUGUGGUGCUGUUGGGAAUUUUGGAUUUUCGUCCUUUUUGAAGGACGAGGAGAACAAGAUGAUGCAUAGGGGUUUUGGUGGUGGUAGUGGGGGUUUGAGGGAGAAAGGGAGGGUCAGACCUGAGUCAGUUGUGGAGGCCACUUUCCUGGCGGCCAGUGGCCAGCCUUUUGAGGUGGUAUAUUACCCGCGUGCCAGCACGCCAGAGUUCUGUGUGAAGGCGUCAACUGUGAGUGCUGCUGUGAGGAUCCAGUGGUGCUCGGGGAUGAGGUUCAAGAUGCCGUUUGAAACCGAGGACUCGUCCAGGAUUAGCUGGUUCAUGGGGACUAUAGCGUCUGUUCAGGUUGCGGACCCCCUCCGUUGGCCGAACUCCCCUUGGAGGCUGCUUCAGGUUACAUGGGACGAACCUGACCUUCUGCAGAAUGUGAAGUGUGUCAACCCAUGGUUAGUUGAGAUGGUCUCUAAUAUGCCUGUCCUCCAUCUCUCUCCCUUCAACCCACCUAGAAAGAAGCUCCGUCUACCCCACCAUCAGGACAUCUCCCCACUCGACAACCAACAAUUCCCUCUUCCGUCCUUCUCAGGCAACCCCUUAGGCCCUAGCAGUCCCUUAUGCUGUUUUUCAGACAGCAAUUUACCUGCAGGCAUACAGGGAGCCAGGCAUGCUCAAUUUGGAGCCCCGUUUUCGGACCUCCACCUCAUCAACAACACGCUGCAGAUGGGGCUUUUCUCACCCAAUUUCCAGCGUCUCGACUCUCAAGUCAUAGUUCCCAAUAAUCUGACAAGGACCAAGUUGGACAGCAAUGAAAAUAUAUCCUGCUUGCUUAGCAUGGGAAAUUACAGUCAGAAAAAAUCGGGCGAAAGGGCCCACUGUGUCAAAAAGCCUCUGUUUAUACUCUUUGGCCAGCCGAUACUCACUGAGCAGCAGAUGUCGUGCGACUGGUCAGAUGAUUUGGUUUGUAAAACUGAAAAUAACACAAAGGCAUCCUCAGGCGAACUUGGCCCGGAUACAGGUCACUGCAAGGUGUUUUUGGAGUCUGAAGAUGUCGGCCGGACACUUGAUCUGUCUGUGCUGGGAUCAUAUGAGGAGCUCUGCCAGAGGCUUGAGCACAUGUUUGGGAUAGAAAAUUCGGAGAUGCUGAGCCACGUGUACUAUUGUGAUGUAAUGGGUGCUGUUAAACAAGUUGGAGAUGAACCCUUCAGUGAGUUUGCAAAGACAGCUAAAAGAUUGUCUAUUCUUAUAAAACCGAGCAAUAAUGGUGCCGAGAGGAAGUUGAUUACUGGUUUGCCGACUGCUGAGCGUGGGCUGGAUUCCUCAAACCAGACGGGGCCGUUGAGCAUAUUUGCAUAGUUGAAGCAUAUGAGGCAAAUAUAGACCAUUACAAAGAAUGUCUGUCGACACCCCUUUUCUGCUCUUUUUUGUACUUUCUUCAUUCAUGUGAAGUUGUGCAAUAUCACCAUUUUCAUGUAAUUUGAACUACUAAAUGUAAUGCCUAAAUGAGUGUAGCCAAGAUGAAACACUAGUACAUUUGGCGCCUUCCUUACCAUGAACUUACGUUGUAUGUUUUCUCAUGUGCUGCUUUAUUUCUCUGACGUGCUUUGCUUGUGUUUUGGAAUGUUUUCUAUUUGUGGAUCUAUUUAUUCAAGUUCAAUGUGUCAUCUUGCAUCUCUAGUGUC